AGUCACUGAUUUAUGUUCUAGAUUUCGUUGCUUUCGAAGGUUCGAAAAAAGUUCUUUGUGGUCUUUUUCGCAUUCCGUAGAAAUAAGGAAAGUUCAAAUCCGCUGUGGGGUUGGCUUUUUUUUUAUUCUCACUGUAAACAUUCUUUCAAAUAUACUGAAUUCAAAGCAAUUUAAGGCAAAGUUAAAGUUAAGCCUUGAAUGCAGUUAUUUUAUCUAUAUAACCCCCCACUUACACAUUUUUGUUGUAUUAUUUUCCUCCCCUGUGUGACUGGAAUGGUACAGUCCGGAACUUGAACUAUUUUGCGGGAGCAGCGGGAAGCUGUUUGAGCUCCUCCGACGAACUGUUUAUAAAACGUACUAAACCUACAGUUGUUCGUAAUGAGUGCCAAAAAGCGACGGGGAACCAGAGUGCCGACAGCGCCUCCAGUGGAGAGCGAAAAAGCAUCAUCUUUUGAUCAAAUGGAUUCCGCCAACCUGUCCUCUAUAGACAAAGCUAGCUUCCUGGCAGGGUUACAGCUAAAUUAUGGCAACCCUCUGCACAGUACCGCCAUGGAAGAAGAUUUAAAUGUGCCUGAAGAAGAACAGAACAGACCAGAAAACACAGGAAAGGUCACCGGCGGACAGCGUGGAGCUGCUGUAAAGAGGAAGGCGGCAGAGGGAGGUCGAGAGAAUGGAAAGGAAGAAAAAAAGGUAGAGAGGGGCAGGAAAAGUGCUGGUGAGAAGGGCCAAACCAGGCCUGAGAAAGAAGCCACUGCAGAUGAACGAGCAGAGCCACAUGUGGAGGUACAUAAAACUGUCCCAGAGAAGGACAGUCAGCCUGCUCCUAAAGCCAUACAGAAGCGUUUAAUUGGGAAGAAGCCUGCCAAGAGGGGAUGUGCAAGGCCUGUGAAUAAUCAGCAAAGGACUGAGGACAAGAAGAGAAAACGUGAGUCUGCUGGUGGAAGAUCGAGUGACAGUCAGUCACAGAGCUCUGGCCCCGCCCCACAGAAGAGCAGGAGAGUGCUUUCAUCUGAUGAGGAGGAUGUGGAUGAAGACACCAGCUGGAAUCCAAGUCCAAAGAAGGCUGUAAGGGGAAGCUUGGGAAGAAUGAAAAAGUCUUUGUUUGAGAAGUCCAAAGUUAGGAAGUCUUCAUCAGGCAGUGCAUCUGGAGAACCAAGACAGGCCAGCACAGGCGAGCAGAGGAGGAGGAAACAAGGCCAACACAGAGGAACAGAGUUGGAGGUGGUGCUGGAUUCCUUCCUUGACUUCUGUGAGCAGUACAGGGAGUCUGUGGAGUCUAAAGCUGUCAGACACACCAUUGAUUGUUUCUCCAGCAAUGUCAAAGACCAGCUCACAGAAAAGAUCACUUCACUUAAAAAGCUCAAGGUUUUAAAGAGAGAAAACAAAAAGGUGGGCUCUUUGAUCCGUAAAAACACACAGAGACUGUUUGAUGCCAAGCAUGAGAUGAUGAGGGCAGAAAGGCGGGCAUGGUUGCUGGAGAAGGAGAAAGCUGAACUUCAGCAGCGGUUAGCCGACCUGAGACGAAGCCAGGCCUUCCUCCAUGACAUCAGAGAGCUCAACCAACAGUACCUGGACUACAGACAAAAACACCCCAAGGAGAAAGAGACGUACGGGGCCUCCAGCUUACCAGCUCUGCUCUUGGAGACGAAGCACAUUAAAACAGCAGAGAGAAAAGAGACUUAAAAUGAGUCUGGGAAAUGACACAAAUGCAGAACGUUUAAAGCUCCCAGAGACUGCACAAUAUGAGAUGUGAGGCUGGAAGCAGCGUGAUGGUUUGGAUUAUAAUGUAUGGUGUAGAUAAGGCUUUGUAUAUAACACUGUUCUGUUCAUUUAGAUCAUAAAUGUAAACUGUGGAUGAUUACUAGAAGAAUGUGACAUUAUGUUUUAUACAUUAAUAAUAUGAAUACAUUCAUAUUAUAUUUAAUAAAUUCAAAUAAUGGGACCACA